CCGGAAGUUAAAAAGCGCGCCAUAUUUGAUAGAAGACCGUCCUGUUGUGCUUGAUUAUUCUGAUAAUUUCAUACAUUAUUAUGCAUCUUUCUCUCCGUUAAUUUUCAAAGAUGAAAAUGACAUUGUUGGAAAAGAGAUGAUCUUUAUUUGAGAUUUUGUGCCAUAAAAUUACAAUGUCUAGAAAGAAAGGUUUGAGUGUUGAAGAAAAAAGGUCACGCAUGAUGAAUUUUUUCUAUGAAAAGAAAGACUUCUUCACUCUGAAGGAACUAGAGAGGAUGUGUCAGAAAGAGAAGGGGAUCACCUCCAUGUCUGUGAAGGACAUUCUCACCAGUCUCGUUGAUGAUGCCAUGGUCGACACAGACAAGAUCGGGACCUCCGUCUACUUCUGGGCAUUCCCCAGCAAGGCCAGUCAAAAUAGGAAGAGAAAAAUCAAUGAUGUGACGAAUCAGCUGGAGGAGUUCGAGAGUAAGAAGAAGGCAUUAACAGAGUCUGUGUUGAGGGCCAAGGUUGGCAAGGAAGAUAAUGAUGACCGAUCCGAGUUGUUAGCAGAACUUGUAGUGAAGAAGGACGAAAAAUCUCGGUUGAUGUCAGAAUUGGAUCUGUAUAGAGAAUGUGACCCUGAUGUUCUACAGGAAGUCCAGAACCAGACAGUUGUUGCCAAGGAAGCAGCCAAUCGGUGGACAGAUAAUGUGUUUUCCAUCAAGUCCUGGAUUAAACGGAAGUUCUCCUUUGAAGAGAGUGUGAUAGACAAACAGUUUGAUAUCCCAGAGGAUUUUGAUUAUGUUGAAUGACAGUUUUUGUUUGGAAAAUAAAUACAUUUAUAUCAUAUGUAAAUUUGAUUGAAUAUAUUGAUAUUAAACUCACCUUGUAAAGUUUGCUACAAUGUAUAUAAUAUAUAUAAAUGGUUAUCUAGUAUGUUCUAAUGAAGACAAGUUCAUGGGGGUAAUAUUUGUUAAAUAUUUGAAAUGCCUUCUAAUAUACCGCAAUGCCUACAGAUAUGAUAAUCAGCAUCUUGCUGGGAUGCAGGACUAUCAACAUUAUAAGGCCCCCGCAAAAUGUGGGUCAGGGUGCCCUAUAGUAAUCACAGUGUCCAUCUGUCCGUCUGUACUUUCGUUUCCAGAGAUUAUCUCGUGAUUCAGAUCGCCAAAAUUUCUGAAAUUUCACAUGGUGAUACACUGUGAUGUGCAGAUUUGCAAUAGGGGUUUAAAAAGUUCCAAAGGUCAAGGUCACUGUUUCUAAAAAUAGAAUUGGGACCAUACUGUCAAAAAUACAUCAUAUAAGGCUGUAAAAGGAGGCCUAACUUUCUGAAAUUUCUUAUGAUGAUACACUGUAAUUAUAUGCAGAUGUGCAAUAGUGGUUUAAAAAGUUCCUAAGGUCAAGUUCGCCGUUACAAAAAAUAGAAUACAUCAUAUAAGGCCCUUACAGAAGGCCAAAUUUUCUAAAAUGUCACAAGAUGGUACUUGUGCAAUAGGGCUUUAAAAGUUUCCAAGGUGAACACUGCACUAACUUUAAAAUAGAACAGGGCAUAUACUGUCAAAAAUUGAUUGUAAAUGGUCCUUCCUGAACAGUCAAUGAUCACUUUUGCUUUGUGCUUAUACGGGAGAUGCACUGUCAGGCAUACAGCGGGGCCCUUGCUAACCUGUCAGUAUUCUAGUUCAAAUAAAUUACCUUAAACCAUCAAGAAAGUUGCACCAUUCUAUUUUGACGUCUUCAAACAAUUUCUUCUGUGGAAUAUGAAAUUUAGAGUACCAGUUGUGUUAGUUGGUCCAUAUGGAUUGUUAGAAUACAUGGCUAUCAACUUAUUGUUCAAAUGAAUAACAAAAGUCAACAUCACACUGGCUUUUUAUAAGGUUUUAUUCAUUUUGGCAUAACAUUCAAUAUAUUUUUGCCAACACCAUUAAAAUAUCAGGGGAUCAAUAAAGACCCUUAGUGCUUCUUUUUCAGAAAUCAUAUAUUCAUGUAAUUGCUUUCUGUCAACUCUCUCUUUGACAUAAUUAAUAUUUUACAAAAACAGAGGCCCAUUAAUAACUCCUCUGAGGUAUGGUCCCACUCAACUACCAUAUCCAUUGUACUUAGUACUGUGGUUUGGGGCUUUCUAAGCAUAAGUUCACAAUAGGAAUUAAGUAAACUUUGAGGACAAUUCCAUCGCCCAAAUCAUGCUAUGCGCCAAGCAAAAUUCAUGAAAUUGUCAUACAAACAAUAAAUGUUAGCAGAAAUCCCUUACUUCAGUCUGGUCUGCUUCAUACAUGUAUGCAUUAAUAGAUUAAAAAUAGUGUUAAGAUAAAAACAACAAGCUUACCAAACAGUAUACCUAUAGGUUCAGAAUUCCUGGUGAAGGUCUUUUUUUUGUAUAACAGUUCUCUAUUGAUUAACAAAAAAUGUUGAUGAAAACAGGUAUCCGAUAUCUUUCCUCGCAUGUUUGCUUUUCUGAGAAAAAAUAUAGGGAAAAAGUAAAUAUUUUGCUGGUUUUUUCUGAAUAGCCAGUCAAAAUGCAUUUAAAAUGUUGAGCUAAUUCUGACCGUUGGAAUGAGAUAAAUAUGCUUUCAUGUCCAGGUGUGAAAGUAAAAAAAACAAUUCGGGAUUUCCAAAUUGGGGCAAAAUCCUCCACAAGCCUUUAGCUAGGGUGAAAUAUCCAUAACCUGCACAAAGUCUUCCAUUUUUAGCUCGCCUGUUCGAAGAACAGACAGCUAUAGCGAUACCCCCGGCGUGAGUGUCAGCCUGAAAAUGUUAAAGUUUUACCUGCAAGUUAUUUAGAAGCUUGUCAUUCAUUAAAUAUGUGUACUAGGAUGCUGAUAUUU